UUUCAAUUUCGCUUCACUGGUGCAAAGAUUACGGUAGACAACUUCUGCUUUGCUUUUCAAUCGUUUUCACGGUAAAUCGAGCGACAAAUGUGUUCAUGAGUCACCAAGUCAGUGAAAGGAAGACGAAGAAAAGCGACCAGGACGAGAGAGGGUCAGGUCAUGGCCGCAGGCUCCGAAGCCCACAUCGAUCUGACGCGAGCUGAAAAGUUAGCCUCAUCUCUGAGUGAAGCUCUGAGCUGUGGUGAUGGCGAGGAGGCGUCCAGACUGUCCAAGGAACUGGCAGAAGUGGGUCUCCCUGUGACAGUCAGCAUCCCGAGAGAGGUGUAUCCCCAUGAGUCCUUCAAGUUGUGGGUCGGCGUGGAGGAUGCUCAGUCGGAUCACUGCGUCCCAGUGUCCGUGGAAGUGUUGUCGAAAAUCACCAUAUUAGAGCUGAAAGAAAAGAUUCAUGACCUCUACAGGUUCCAUCCUGCACUCCAGCGCUGGGUGAUCGGGCGGCGCUUGGCCCGAGACCAUGAAACUUUGUACAGCCACGGUGUCCGAAGCUCCGACGACAAGGUGUACCUCUUCCUCCUGUCUGCCCAAACUGCUCACCUCACUCGACAGCAACAGAAGCAGGAGGAGGAGCAGCUGCGCAUUGAGGGCAUCAUGGAUUCUGUGAAGACAAUGGAACUUGUGCCCAGAGGAGGCAAUGAUGAACAAAUUGGUCAGACAAAACGUCCACGGAAUCCCAACCCUCCCCCCAAAAGGCUGACUCCAGAGCCUCCUGAACAGCCGGGCUGGGACUGUCCGGCAUGCACGUUUAAGAACAAGCCCUCACGACCCGGCUGCGAGAUGUGCAGCCAGAAUCGGCCAGACGACUACGAAAUCCCUGAUGUCUGGGAGCCUGAUGCGGAUGAGACGCUGCGUCUUGAAAAAGAGCAGCUGGACAUGCUGAUGUACGAGGAGUUCCAGAUGGAGGAGCGACACAGGAACUACAUGAACUUGCUAGCUACAGAUGAACAGGAUCUGAUCCCCAGCACAGAGGAGGUGAACUGUCCCGUUUGCUUCAGUGAUCUGGCACCAGGAGAGGGCGUUGUACUGCGGGAGUGUCUUCACACAUUCUGCAGGGAUUGUCUGAGAGGUACAAUACUCAACACUCAAGAUGCUGAGAUUUCCUGCCCCGACGAAUGCAACAGUAAGGUGUUGGACCGAGAGAUCGCAGCGCUGCUGACAGAAGAAGAGCACCAGCACUUUCUGGAUCUGCGUCUGAAUAUCGCCGAAAGCCGGUCAGACAGAAGCUUCCAUUGCAAGACGCCCAACUGUCGUGGAUGGUGCGUCUACGAGGAUGAAGUCAAUGAGUUCUACUGCCCGCUGUGUCAGGCGAUCAACUGCAUCCUCUGCAGGGCCAACCACAUGGGCAUGAACUGCAAAGAUUACCAAGACGACCUCCGUGUCCGAGCGGAGAACGACAAGGCGGCACAGCAAACCAAACAGAUGCUGGAGGAUCUGCUGAAGAACGGGGAGGCCAUGCAUUGUCCCAGGUGCGACGUCGUCGUCCAGAAAAAGGACGGGUGCGACUGGAUCUGCUGCGUGAUGUGCAAGACGGAGAUCUGCUGGGUCACCAAACAGGCCCGUUGGGGACCAAACGGGAAUGGAGACAUAUCCGGAGGCUGCAAGUGUCGAGUCAACAAUCAGCUUUGUCAUCCCAGGUGCCAAAACUGCCACUAAUAUUUUAUUACUUUAGCUUUAAAAAAAAAUAUUGCAUUGCAUCUCAAUUACAAGCACCAAUACAGAGAGGUGCUGAAGGUUUGGAGUUCCAAGAAUGUUGUGUGUUCCAUGACAGCACUUUAACUUUGAAGCUAGAUAUAACCCAAAAUCAUCACUGCAAAGCAGUCAACUGAAUAGGUGAAUCACGUGUACAUUAAUAUCCAAGUGGAGAACUCAUUUAACAUCUUUCAACAUAAUUGCUAGAAAACAAAAAGCAUUCAGAGAGUCAGUACACUCCUUUGGGUUCACAUUGUUCGCACAAAGCUCCUUCCUCCUCAGGGUGAUGAAUGAAUGAGACUCCAAAGUAACAUUCUUUUCUGUUUACAUGUUUGAAUACUGUGAAUCUUGUGGAGCUUCUAAGUCAUGAAGUGUAUGUGGGUCUGUGGAGUUUUUUUCUGUGGUGGCGGGUGCUAUAAAUUGGACUCAGUAAAGCUUUAACUUCACUUCCACGGAUGAGAUUUGCGUGUAUCUAUUGCUUGUUUGGGUAUCAAAUUCCUCUUGAUACUUGUGCUAUCUCACGUAGUCCAGUGUAGAAUACACAAGAGUCACUUUAAGUGAAGAACAGAUGAGCAGAGGACAGCUACAAGGGAAGUGAGCGAAAACCAAGUGUCGGUCAUUGGCACCGAUACGACUCUAAACAUCUGAAAAGAGAAUAUAUGUUUUAAAGUAAUAUUAAUAUUAUAAAUAUAAGGAGGAAUUAUCAAAGGCUUAGAUGCCAGUAUGCUAUCAAAGCUAGCAAUUUAUGCAAAACUAUUUUUUUUUCGUUGGAAAUGCCUGAUUUUUUUUAAACGUACUGCCAAUACAACAGUGUUGUUUUCUUAUAAUACACUCCUGGUGUGUUUGAAUGAUUGGAUGAGACGAAAAACCUGAGACAUCAGUCGAGCUGAUAAUAAA